CAGUUUGCGCGCUGCACUCCCGGUGUGUGUGUGUGUGUGUGUUGCACGUGUCGGUCCCCCGGCAGCGGCCCGGGGUGGGAGGAGGAGAGGCGGAGGCGGAGAGCGGUUGAUUCUUCUUUGGCUGUGAACGUCCUCCUGUUAAUCACUUGGCACACACUGUGCUGGUGUUGCUGAUGCCCACAGAGGCUUACAAAGUAUAACUGUUCUUGAUAUGGCUGAAGGAGGAGAUGUCAGCAACUCCGCCAGUACAAAUCGUGGGACCAACUUGGGAGUGGCACUCAUCAAGCCUCAGUAUCUUACUAAUAAAGAUCAUUUCCAUGAAUAUAUUGAAAGUGGCAACGAUCCAAAGAACCCUGACAGUCAUACAGAAGCUGGAGAAGUGGUAGAAGAUACUGCAGCUGAUGAGCUCCUAAAACAUAAAGUGAAAAGGAUUAAACUGGAUGAAGAAAGCAGUAGUGUUCAAGACAAAAAUGUGCAUGAAAAAGAAAAUGGAGAAAUGUGUCCAAAAGAAGAGGAAAGGAAGGAAGCUAAAAGAAGAGUUCGAGGCCAAAAUAAACACAGGCCACACAUGAAGCCCAACCAGUAUCAAACACAAAAGUUAUGUUCAUCAGUGUGUCGGGAACCAGCACAGAAAUGUUACUAUGGUGACAAAUGUAGAUUUUUGCAUGAUGUAUCUAAGUAUCUGGAAACCAAACCCGCUGAUCUUGGAGAUCGAUGUUACUUGUAUGACAUGUUUGGAAAGUGUCAGUAUGGCAUUAGCUGUCGCUAUGCAAAAUCUCACAUUGGAGCAAAUAACCGGAGCCUGGUUAAUGAGGAUCUGGUGAAGAAAUGGCAAGAAAAGGUGAUUGUCCAGAAUAGUCUAAGCAAGCAACUGCAACAGGUGCUCCGCAAAAAGAAGUUCUCUUUUAACAAUUCCGAUCGAUACUUGAAGCAGUUGAACCAAAGUAAUGAAUGCGACAAAAAGGGCAAUGCAGGAAAGAACGCAGCGGAUAGCCCAUCAAAGCUUGGUGAUGAAUUAAGUCCAGAUCUUUCUAUUUCAAGUGCAGCCAUAGUAGAGCAAACCUCUGCAGAACCGAACAGCAUAAGAAUUGUAGAGCCACAGGAUAUGCCUUGCUGUACGGAAAGCAAACUGGAUAAUGGUCUGCUGUCUGAAGCAAAGCAGACCAUUGAUGAAACAAACAAAAAUGUUCUUACUCCAGGGAUGGAAAUGGGUAAAGAGAAUUCUGUUCAAGAAGUUAAUGAUCAAAUGGCCUCUGCAAAAUUGUUGGGUGCUGUACUGGAUGAAGACAUCAUCAAGCUUCGAUCCUGUGAGAAGAAAACGUUGAACUUCAAGGAUAAGCUUUAUCUUGCACCACUCACAACAUGUGGAAAUCUACCUUUCCGUCGAAUAUGUAAAAGGUUUGGAGCUGACAUCACUUGUGGUGAGAUGGCAAUGUGUACAAACCUUUUGCAAGGCCAGUCUUCUGAGUGGGCACUCCUGAAACGUCAUUAUACGGAAGAUAUCUUUGGAGUUCAGCUAGAGGGUGCUUUUCCUGACACUUUGACAAAAUGUGCAGAACUUCUAAACCAGACUAUAAAUGUGGACUUUGUUGAUAUUAAUGUGGGAUGCCCAAUAGAUCUUGUAUAUCACAAGGGAGGUGGCUGUGGAUUAAUGAAUCGAUUAAACAAGUUUGAGCAGAUUGUGAAAGGAAUGAACUCUGUACUGGAUGUUCCACUCACUGUGAAAAUAAGAACUGGAGUACAUGAAAAAGUCAACAUUGCUCACAAAUUAAUACCCAAUCUAAGGGAUUGGGGGGUUUCUCUAGUUACUCUCCAUGGCAGAUCCCGGGAACAACGUUAUACUAAAUUGUCAGACUGGGACUACAUUAAUGACUGUGCUCGACUGGCUAAUCCAAUGCCACUUUUUGGAAAUGGAGAUAUACUGUCAUUUGAAGAUGCCAACAAAGCAAAGACAACAGGGGUGUCUGGAAUUAUGAUUGCAAGGGGAGCACUUAUUAAGCCCUGGAUUUUCACGGAGAUCAAAGAGCAACGACACUGGGACAUCUCUUCUCAAGAGAGGUUUGAAAUUCUACAGGAUUUCAGGGACUACGGUCUGGAGCAUUGGGGAUCUGACACACAAGGAGUGGAAAAGAGUAGAACAUUCCUCCUAGAGUGGUUAUCAUUCUUAUGCAGAUACAUUCCAGUAGGUGUGCUGGAACAUGUGCCUCAGAAAAUCAAUGAAAGGCCUCCUUACUAUUUGGGCAGAGACUAUUUGGAGACGCUGAUGGCUAGUCAAAAUGUGUAUGACUGGAUCAAGAUAAGUGAAAUGCUAUUGGGUCCAGUUCCAUCUAACUUCACCUUCUUGCCUAAACAUAAAGCAAAUGCCUACAAGUGAAUGAAGUCAGAGGAAUUGUAAGAAACUACAUUUUCUCCUAGGAGCCUCUACAUAUAUUCAGAAUUUCCAUCAUUUCAACCAAAAAAAUCUUACUGGAUGUGAACCGUUGGUGUGGGAUGAAAUUGAGGAUUGUAUGAAUCCCUCUAUCAAUUGUAAAAUCUAUGUACUCCGAGCAUUGUCCGGGAAGUUUUUUUUNAAUAAACGUCGAUUUACUUUG